GCAUUAACAAGCGCACAAGACGGGAGCGUCGACAAGCUCCAACGUCUGAUAUUUUCCCUUCCCCACGGUCGGUGGCAGCACCGGAAAGUUGCCCGUCACGCUCCGGUUGUAGCUCUCACCACCCGCCGGAGUCGAGAGAUGGCCGUUCUGAGCUACAUCUUGGUGAUCUCCGCGACGACGCCGGCCUCCCCGGACUCCCCGGAGCUACCGGCGGGCCAGAGGCCGACCAAGAUUUUAUUGCCCAAGAAGAAGCCGAUGAAGUGGUCCACCGGGGUGGCUCCGGGCGAAUACGGCGGCCCCCCGACGACCUCUAAGCUCCGGAAGUACUGGGGCGGCGAGGAGGCCGACCCCCUCAGCUCGGACGACUUCAUCUGGAACAAAGACUUUGUGGGUCGGUUCAAACGCAUGAUUGAGGACCCUGAUGGCGAUAUCGAACCCACUUCCCCUGUUAAGGAAGAAUCCUCAGGAUUUCUAAGCUUGAACCGGGUCAUGUCGCUCGACAGCUUGGAUGUUGAUCUGAGCAAGGAGCUCAUGAAACCUUCAAAGGCCGUUGCAGAGGAGCCUGUUGAAACGCUGACUCAAAGCAAUGGCACUGCAUCACCGAGAUGGAGGCUGGUGCCAACACGACGUGAGCAAGAAAAGUGGGAUAGAGCGACCAAAGCUGCUACUGGAGGCAGUGAUGUGAUGUUUCGAGAAGCGAGGCAGCCUCGAGGUGACCCUGAGGUACUGGCUGCUCAGUCUAGGGAGCAGUACUUCAAGUUGAAGAAGAAACUGCAGAUUCUUACUCUCGGUAUCGGUGGUGUUGGUCUUGUCUCAGUUUAUGUUUCUUAUACACCUGAAAUAGCCGCUAGCUUUGGUGCCGGUUUAAUCGGUUCCUUGAUCUACAUGAGAAUGCUCGGGAACACUGUUGAUUCCAUGGCGGAUGGAGCUAAAGGGCUGAUGAAGGGCGCAAUUGGGCAGCCGAGGCUUUUGGUUCCGUUCGUGCUAGUCAUGAUCUAUAAUCGAUGGAAUGCAAUCCUUGUUCCAGAGUAUGGAAUGAUGCAGCUAGAGUUGAUACCGAUGCUUGUCGGGUUUUUCACCUACAAAAUCGCCACUUUUCUUCAAGCUAUUGAGGAUGCAGUUUCUACCAUCGACACAAAGAAUCAGGCUUGAUAUAACCACUCUCCCUUUAUAGAAGAAAAUAGCAUUGGUCUCCUUUGCAUCUCAUAGAGACGACAAAGCUGCUUCCGACGAACCAGCACAACAUGAAGGCGCACGACUGAAUAGGAUGCUUUGUGCUGCUUUGUCAAUGUCUUUUCCCCUUUUCCAUUGAUAAGGGCAGGACAACAGAGAGUAAAUAAACAGCUAUAUCUCCAAAUUGACCGAAAUUGUAAUAUUGAACUGAAAUCAGAGAAUGCAGAAUUCAAAAGUGUUGGCUCCUGUACUUUGUAACAAAUUUGUAAUUCUCCUCAGGAUAAACUCCCAUCAUUGA